CCGUAAAAGACUUGGAUUUUCAUCUUACCGCUGCUAGUGUAAUUACUUUCUUUACCCGUGAAAGAGUUACCAAGUCGAGAAUCAAAUUGUUGACUUUAGAACACAGUUUCUGAUUACAACGACAAAUUUUCCUGAGAAAGAUAUUAGCAAAUCAUGGUAUUCCAUCAUUACACAUGAGUAUGCUUUCUAUCUUGUCUUCCAUAUAAAAUGAGUGAUGCUGCAUCUUGCUGUGCAAGCUAAGGUCCAUUUCUUAUUUUAAUAUACAUUCUGAUUGCUUUCCUUAUUGUUGAAGGCUUUAAGCUUGAUUUUUUGUUUUUGGGAACUAAUUUAAGCUUGAUCUUGAGUCGCACACUUCACUUGAAAGUUGAAGCCCUGUGUGUUUCCUUUUACUGUUGCUAUUUACCUAACCCAUUUAAUUGAAGAACCUGAUGCCUUCUGAAUGUCUGUUUGGAUUGGUUCCAUUGCACUAGACAGUAAGUUUCACAAAUCUCCCUAAUCAUCUUGUGAAUUGCUAAACUUGACACUAUUUACCCAUACAACCACAACAAUGCCUGCCAAACACAUUUCUUACUGCCACAACUCAUCAAUCGGAAGCUGAAACAACCCUUUUACUUGGAAGAUAUCUCGUGUGUCUUUGUUUAUUAUUACCACCGAUCUCUAUAAAUAUUAAUUAUUAAGUGAAAAAAGUUACUUGAAAUGUAUUCGGCAAGGUAAAGACUAAAUAGAGCCACACAAGCACGCAAAAAAAAGAAAAAAAGAAAAAGAAAAAAAAAGGGUUAAUAGAAUAAUUGAAUUUGCAAUUAGUUAUAUUAGGUAAAUGAAACCUUAUCCAAAUUCAACUUCAGUGCAAGAAUUUUGUUGGGCUGCUUCUUGUACUAGUUGAAUUGAUGAUGAGCAUCAGCCAUUGUCAGAUUACUACGAAUAUCAAUUAUUUGAUAAUUAGGGAUGCCUUCCCUCAAGGAAGAAUCUUAUUCUGAUGACUUGGAGGGCUGCAAAGAGCUUGAGCUGAUGGUUGUAACUUCUGUACUGUGCUGGUUUUGAGGUCGAUGACCAAUAUCUCACAUCAGGACCUUCAGGGUUUAAAGAAUUUGCAGUUGACGACCACCAUUACUAUUAUGUUUCGGACCAACUGGUCUCUAUGAUGGAUUUAUGUGCAUUUCUGGUUGAAAUGUUUUAAUAGUUCAAUUAAGUAUGUUUUGUUACAAAAGGUUUAAAGUUGACUGUUAAAUUGUAUUUUUUCUUUUUAAAGAACUGAAAACCUCUGUUUUAAACUGUGAGGCUUUGGUCUCAUGUUUUGAUCUUUUGGUUCAAGGUCAAAAGGAUUUUGUUCUCUGUUCUUUUCAUCUUUUUGAAGUUUAUAAAUUGUUGUGGACUCAGUGUUCAGAUGAAAUUGCAGUGCAAGUUUACUAGUCCUAGCAAUAUUUACAAGCCUAUAAAUUUGAUAGAGGCAGGUAAAAAGCCAUCCAAAUUUCAGCUGUUCUGUUGCAAUAAAAUAUUUUUGUUUUAAGUCCCCACAACAAAAUUUUGUAGGAUUUUCUCUCUCACAUGAUACAUUUGAACGUGCAUCACUGACUUUUUAGGAAAUGGACCUAGCAGAUGAUAGAUGUAUUUUUACCAAUUGAUGGUUACAUUUUGGUGCUUUUAAGUUUUUCGAAUGCAUCUUGGCCCACACAGACAUUACUACGUCACAGCAGGCUAAAAUAUCUGCAUGAUCUCCCACAUAAUGUGUUGGUUGAUUAGAAUCGAAUAGAGUGAAGCAAGUUUUACAUGCCUCCAUGUCGACUUGCUGUAUGGAAUUUACAGCAAAUACUAUUCAUUUCCCUUUUGCUGAAUGCAAUCUACGAAUUCAACUCUGCGGUGGUGCUAAGUAGCUAUUCAUUCCAUCAUGGAAGCGGCACUCCAAACAUAUUGCAACUGGAAAGACAGUUUCCUAUGUGUGUGUGUGUGACGAAAACUACUUUGUUGAUCAAAAUUUUGGGAUUUCUUUUGUAGGCAUUUGGAUGCGAUUAUGAGACUGCCUGUCACCGUAUUUCAUACACCAGGCUUGCUUCUCUAUCUGUUGUCCUUUACUUUCAAAGUUUUGGGGGAUCGUGUCAGCCCUUAUUCAACAUGUGGAUGUACAAGAAGCAAUAACGCAUCGUGACAAAACCAAAUAUCCAUGCCGGAACUUCACCUCCCUAAAUUCAUCAUAUUAUAGAUACUCCGUGAAAGGUACAGUGGAGCUAAUUUGGGAAACAUUAUUUUGGAUAAUUCACCGCUACUUAAUGAACAUUAAUAUCUUUGAAUCUACUUUUCACGCUUUCCAUCUUCAUAGAGUAGCUGCAUAUCCUUGAAACCUCCCCAAUCUGUACUUAAAACACUGUUUUUAAUCUAUUCUUUCCUCUCUGUUCUCUGUUUUGAAAGUUUUUUUUAUUUUAAAGAAAGGGCCAUGCUUGGAAAGUUGUGAGUAGAUAUUUGUUUAAAGAUAAAAUGUUUUCAAUCUUUUUUGUGGUUCAUCCGGCAUACUAACAUUCUUAAUCUCCCAAAGGUGUUCGACAUAAUUGCAGGCUAAAGGUUUAAGGUUUAGAUUGUAAACUGAUGUUCUGACUAGCUUCCUUGUCAGUACACUUCAAUUGGUAACCGCCAGUGGAGAAUUUUCCGCAUUAUGUAAUUUUGAAACUUUCCAUAUGAAAAGCUUGAGAUUUAUGUUGUUGAGCUGUUUGUUUUAAAUUGAGAGCACACUCCUUAGCCAUAUGCAAUCAAAUCAUUGAAUAUACCUUCUAAUGCUGCAACGGUCCGAAAAAAAUUAUCCGAAAAUGUGAUGUGAAGAUAUAUAAAUCCAGCUAAUGAGCAUUGUCUGCAUGGGUAAUAAUGUAUUGAAGACUAUGUAUUAGUAGGCUUUAGUUUAGGGAAGCCUGACUAGCAUUAGAGCCGUUGACAAAAUGACUCAAAAGGCAAGUUUGAGAUUCUAGACAACAUCAUAACAAAAGUAUACAUAGGGUAUCAGUGGAGAAUUUACUUUUUCUGCCUUAAUCAUACUCAUAAUUGAAGGAGAUUUUGGGAGAAACAGAAAAGCUUGUGCACCAAAAACGGUAGAAAGGAAAGAACACAGUCCUCAUCGAAGUAAGAGACAGAAAUUUAGUCCAGAAAAGUAGGGAAUUUAACAUGAGGUGUGAUGUGAGUAUAACUAAUAAAAAAAAUUAAUUAAGAAAUUUAUGUGUUGAAUGUCGAGUUCUUUGCAGACUUGUCUCACAUUGCCUCUCUAAGCCACUCAAGAUUGGUUCAUAUACUUUCAGGACAGAUUUUGGAUGGCUUCACAAGCCAAGUCUCCGUCUCGGGUUUGUUUCUCUUGUCUCUUCAUUUUCACCUAGAGAUUGUAACUCCUUAUUAAGGCAAGUGCAAAUGAGUGGUUACCAUGACUGUCCUUGUCACUCCACCAUGGACUUUCAUAAGAAAAUGGAGAAACUAUCCAUCACAAGUACUAGAACCACCAACACCAACACCAACACCAACACCAACACCAACACCGGUUUCAAUAUCACUAACAUGUGGAAGGAGCAGACUUGCACCAACCUGUGUUGUUUCUUCUGCCUCGUGAAAGAACCAAAAUCAUCAAUCAGGAGGGUAGGAAUUGCAAGCUUCUUCAAAGAAUUGCCUCUCAUUGACGACCAAGAACAUGUUAUGGUGCUGAAAAAGCUAUGGAACAUGGCCAUGACUCAACCAGAUGACCCAGAGUUUCCAUCUCUUGGCAUCUUUGAGUGCAUGGCGAAGUUAAUCCACAGAGGUCUAGCCAAUCAAGAUUGGCUUCUUAGGGACCAAAACAUAAACAUCCCCUAUUAUGCAGCUCAUGUUAUUGGUUCUUACACCAUGAGCAGGGUUGAUUUUGCAGAAAAAGCGGUGGACUCGGGUGUGAUUCCACAAUUGAUGGAGCUUUUCAGAGGAAGAAUGAGUUGGGUUGAGCAAAGGGUCGCUGUUCGAGCCCUCGGACACCUGGCAAGCUAUGAAAGUACCUUUGAAGCUGUAGCUGAAUAUGAAACAGAGGUAAUUAACUUAGCUAUGCAUUUAGCUUCUACCUGCCUUGAAGAGGUGUACACAAUGUUUGUAGGGGUAAAAGACAGGAACAAGAGAGUGAAAUAUCACAGAGACUUGCUCACCAGAGGGGUUGGAGGACUGGAGAUGGAGAACCGGAAGGCCGAGGAAUGGGCCAGCCAACUUCAGUACUGGUCCCUCUAUGUUCUCAACAGCUUUGCCAUCAAAGGGAGGUCCAUAACUCUCAUGUGCAAGCAAGACUUCUUGAAGCAAUUGUGUGAAAUGUGGGGUGGAUUAGUGAAUCAAACCUCACCUGCUGGAAUUGGCCUCAUUAGAAUCUUAUGUUACAGUGAAAUUGGAAGAAGAAGCAUUGCAGAGUCGCAGGAAGUUAUAGAGAAACUCUGUAAUCUUUCAAGAUCUUCAGAUGAUUGGCAGUACAUGGGCAUUGAUUGCCUUCUCUUGCUUCUCACCGACCCAGAUACGAGGUACAAAGUUAUUGAAAUCGCCACCCUGUGUCUUGUUGAUUUGAUUGAACUCACAACACUUGGAGAAAGAUCAAACGUUGGCGAAGCCAUCACAAGAACAUUGCUUAUAGAUUUCAGUGGAAGUCAGUCGAGAACCAAGAAAAGUAGAGCCCAGAGAACGCUUGAGGAAAUAUGGGAUUUGAAGGUGGAGAGAAGCAAGCAAGAGAAAAUGCUGUCUGAUGAGAAAGUUGAAGAGAAAAGGGUAUUGGUGAGAUUGAUAAAACAAGAAGGAAACCAUAGCUUUUGGGUAGGAGAGAUUGAAGAAGCUCUAUUGAAGUACACACAAGCUUUAUUGUUGUGUCCACUGAGGUUAAGAAAAGAGAGAGUUGUUUUGUAUAGUAAUAGAGCUCAGUGUCAUUUGCUGCUUAGUGACCCUGAUUCUGCCGUUAGUGACGCAACCAGAGCUCUUUGCCUGUCCAGUCCUGUGAACUCUCAUGGCAAGAGCCUGUGGAGAAGAUCACAGGCUUAUGACAUGAAAGGGUUGGCAAUAGAGAGCUUGAUUGACUGUAUAGUGUUCAUCAAUGGCUGCAACAGAUCAGAGAUGACAAGCAAUGUGAGAAAUGUUCCAUACUAUGCGGCACGUAUGAUUAGCAAGCAGAUGGAUAGGGCAUGGCUAUUUGCCACUGCCAUGUCAAAGACAGCAAACAAUCUUGUGAAUGAAUCAAGACAAUCAGACGGUAAUGAUGAUGAUGACACUCCGAACAGAGAGCAUCCAAAUGGUGAAAUGAUGAGAAUGAUGACCGAGAGAAAAGGGUUUAAUUCAGGUUUGCCCACCAUUGGAGAAGAACCAUUGAUCAGAAAGGGUGAGAGCAGUAGGAGAAAGCUGGAAAGAAGCAGGGGGAAGAAAAAAUGUUGUCAUGGCUAUCACACAACACCCUAAAGUCAAAAAGAGUGAGAAAAGGUAGCAUUUUGGCUUCCAUACAGUAAUUGCACCAUCACAUGCUAGCACUGUGGCCCUUAUGCUAAGCGGUCACAGUAAAAGAUUACACUCACAUGUGUAUAAUUGGUAGAAAAAUUAAUAAUUUAGUAAGGAGUCUGUAACGAAAUUGUUGUUUGAAUGUUUAAAAAAACUCUGUUGUUUGAGGUGGGAUUUGUCAAAUAUUUUUUA